UCCAGGUCUCCUUCCUACUUUGGAAACUACAGGGACGGCGACAUAAACCAACAGCUUGGAUAUAUGUCAGUUUUAUGUGUGUGUUUGUGUAUGUGUUUUAGAUUUACUGUUUUUCAGGUGUACUUCUCUGAAGUAAGAUGAUUUGUCAAAAAUUCUGUGUGGCUUUGUUACAUUGGGAAUUUAUUUAUGUGAUAAGUGCCUUUAACUUGGCAUAUCCAAUUACUCCCUGGAGAUUUAAGUUGUCUUGCAUGCCACCAAAUACAACCUUUGACUUCCUCUUGCCUGCUGGAAUCUCAAAGAACACUUCGGAUUUGAAUGGACAUUAUGAAGCAGUUGAAGCUAAAUUUAAUUCAAGUGGUACCUACUUUGCCAAUUUAUCAUCAAAAACAACUUUCCACUGUUGCUUUUGGAGUGAGGAAGAUAAAAACUGUUCUGUACCUGCAGAUAACACCGAAGGGAAGGCAUUUGUUUCAACAGGAAAUUCUUUAGUUUUUCAACAAAUAGGUGCAAACUGGAACAUACAGUGCUGGAUGAAAGAGGACUUGAAAUUAUUCAUCUGUUAUAUGGAGUCAUUAUUUAAGAAUCCUUUCAAGAAUUUUGACCUUAAGGUCCAUCUUUUAUAUGUUCUGCCUGAGGUGUGGGAAGAGUCACCUCUGGUUCCCCAGGAAGGCGGUUUUCAGAUUGCUCAGUGCAACUGCAGUGUUGGUGGAUGUUGUGAAUGCCACGUGCCUGUGCCAGCAGCCAAACUCAACCACACUCUUCUUGUGUAUUUGAAAAUCACAUCUGGUGGAGUAAUUUUUCAGUCACCUCUAAUGUCAGUUCAGCCCAUAAAUGUUGUGAAGCCUGAUCCUCCACUAGGUUUGCAUAUGGAAAUUACAGACAGUGGUAAUUUAAAGAUUUCUUGGUCUAGCCCAACAUUUUUACCAUUUCAACUUCAAUAUCAAGUGAAAUAUUCAGAGAAUUCAACAACAAAAAUGAGAGAAGCUGAUGAGAUUGUUUCGGCUACAUCUCUGCUAGUGGACGGUGUGCUUCCUGGGUCUUCGUAUGAGGUUCAGGUGAGGGGCAGGAGACUGGAUGGGCCCGGGAUCUGGAGUGACUGGAGCACCCCUCUUGUCUUUACCACUCAAGAUGUCAUAUACUUCCCGCCUAAAAUUCUGACAAGUGUUGGGUCUAACGCUUCUUUUCACUGCAUCUAUAAAAAUGAAAACAAGAUUGUUUCCUCAAAAAAGAUUGUUUGGUGGAUGAAUUUAGCUGAGAAAAUUCCUCAAAGCCAGUAUAAUGUUGUGGGUGACCGUGUUAGCAAAGUUACCCUUCCCAGUCUGAAUGCAACCAAACCUCGAGGAAAGUUCACCUAUGACGCGGUGUACUGCUGCAAUGAGCAUGAAUGCCACCAUCGCUACGCGGAGCUGUAUGUGAUUGAUGUCAAUAUCAAUAUAUCAUGUGAAACUGAUGGGUACUUAACUAAAAUGACUUGCAGAUGGUCAGCCAAUGCAAUCCAAUCGCUUGUGGGAAGUACUUUGCAGUUGAGGUAUCAUAGGAGCAGCCUUUACUGUUCUGAUGUUCCAUCUGUUCAUCCCAUAUCUGAACCCAAAGAUUGCCGUUUGCAGAGAGAGGGUUUUCGUGAAUGCGUGUUUCAGCCCAUCUUUCUGUUAUCUGGCUAUACGAUGUGGAUUAGAAUCAACCACUCUUUGGGUUCACUGGACUCUCCUCCAGCGUGUGUCGUUCCUGAUUCCGUAGUGAAACCACUGCCUCCAUCCAGUGUGAAAGCAGAAAUUACUGUAAAAAUUGGAUUAUUGAAAGUAUCUUGGGAAAAGCCAGUCUUUCCCGAGAAUAAUCUUCAGUUCCAGAUUCGCUAUGGUUUAAAUGGAAAAGAAGUACAGUGGAAGAUGUAUGAGGUACAUGAUGCAAGAUCAAAAUCCACCAGUUUCCCGGUGCCAGACCUGUGUGCAGUCUAUGUUGUUCAGGUGCGCUGCAGGAGGCAGGAUGGACUGGGGUAUUGGAGUAACUGGAGUACGCCAGCCUACACGGUUGUCACGGACGUAAGAGUUCCUAUCAGAGGACCUGAAUUUUGGAGAAUAAUUAAUGAAGAUACCACUAAAAAAGAGAAAAAUGUCACCUUACUUUGGAAGCCCCUGAUGAAAAAUGACUCCUUGUGCAGUGUGAGAAGAUAUGUGGUAAAACAUCAUACUUCCCGCAGUGGAACGUGGUCAGAGGAUGUGGGAAAUCACACUCAGUUCACUUUCCUAUGGACAGAGCAAGCGCAUUCUGUUACAGUGCUGGCUGUCAAUUCGAUUGGUGCUUCUUUUGCGAAUUUUAAUUUAACAUUCUCAUGGCCUAUGAGCAAAGUAAAUACCGUGCAGUCACUCCGUGCUUAUCCUUUAAACAGCAGUUGUGUGAUUCUUUCCUGGACCCUAGCAGCCAGUGAUUACAACCUGGUUUCUUUUAUUAUUGAAUGGAAAAUUCUCAAUGAAGACAGUGACAUCAAAUGGCUUAGAGUCCCUUCAUCUGUUAAGAAGUAUUAUAUCCAUGAUCAUUUUAUCCCCAUUGAGAAGUAUCAGUUCAGUGUUUACCCAAUAUUUAUGGAAGGAGUGGGGAAACCGAAGAUAAUUAAUGGUUUUACCCAAGAUGAUAUUGAAAAACACCAGAAUGAUGCAGGACUAUAUGUAAUUGUGCCAAUAAUUAUUUCCUCUUCAAUCUUAUUGCUUGGAACGUUGUUAAUAUCACAUCAAAGAAUGAAAAAGCUGUUUUGGGAAGAUGUUCCAAACCCCAAGAAUUGUUCCUGGGCACAAGGACUUAAUUUUCAGAAGAGAACGGACAUUCUUUGAAGUCUAAUCAUGAUUACUACAGAUGAAUCCAAUGUACCAACUUCCCAACAUUCUAUAGAGUAUUAGAAGAUUUUUACAUUUUGAAGAAGGGGAGAAAAUCUAAACAAAUUUUGUUUGAACUAUUGAGAACUAAAAUAUGGUGGAUUACAUUGAUUUGGAACUUAAAAUAGAUGGGUAAAUUUGGGGUCAAGAUAUAGGUCUGAAUCUAAUUCACUUUGGAUGUAUGAUUACUUUUCAGGCCACCUAAAGUUUAAAAAGUAAUAUCCAUAAUCUCUGGCUUUUGAUUUAUCAUUUGUCUGGUCAUAAAACAUUAAAAAGUUAUGACUGUUGCUGUUACCACAUUUCUGUUAGAUAUCAUCAAAUAUGUAGUAAACAAUGCCAAAACUAGUUGAAAACUGCCGCUUUCCCACAAAGCUUUGCAAAUACAAUGACUCUAGUUACAGAGUGAAUUAAAAGUAUUUACUUUAUAUUUUUGUGUCCAAAUUUUUCCAUUUUCCUUUCUCUCUUAGACACUUCAGCCUACAAACUGGCCCAUUUGGGCAUUCUUUUGAAUGUCUUGUAGCUUGUAUGUAUAUCUAACUUUGAUCAAUCUGGAAAUUUCAGUUUUUGAUAGCCUUGAAAAUGGCUUAAGUGCUAACUUCCAUUUCAGUUCAAAGAAAGCCAGAAGUUAUGAUUUAUGCUGGUCACAGGCCAGUGGAAGUUACGGUUCAUAUCAGGAUGACCUGACAUAUCCAGGUCAGACUGACCAGACAGAAAAGCAUCAGCACCAGUUCAGCCUCCUUGUAAAAGUCUUGCCUAAAUUUGUUUACGCUGAACCACCCAAAGCUUCUGGCAGGCAGGGAAGUGGGCAGUGAUGCAAAAAGAGAGACUCUCUGGAGCUUUUACAAAUAGUUCAUGGUGAGGACAGGACUUUUUUUCCUCAAAAAAUACCACCUGCUAUUUCUAUGAAUUUAGAAUACUAAGUGUGCUUGUAGCUCACGUUCCAACUAAACCAAAGCCUCUGCUUGAUGAACCCAAGUAAUAUGCAAAUUUAGGCUAUAUGUGGAUCACUUAUAUUUAGAUUUCAUUCAUAGUUUUAUUUGAAUGUAAAAAAACACUAAAAAUUAGGAAGAAUGUGUCCUUUUCUCUCUUUGUUGACUAUUAACAGAUGUCAUUGGCAUGGAAAAAAAUCUAAGUGUGAAAUUAUGCAGAAUAUUCUUCAAUUCCUACCAUAUGAAUACAUAUUUAAUAUGUGCUCAGUCUGUUCUAAAGUCUCAAAAAAUUAGAUGCAUGUAGUGAAUGAAAUGAUUUUUUAAUGAACAUAGUUUUAAUAAAGGUUUGUGACCCACUGCUCAACUAUAUUUCAGUCAUAUAUGGGAAUAUGAUUUCCUAUUAAUUAUUAGUUAAAUCCUCUAUCUGAAUGCAUUCAAAGACAGGUAAAAUAUUUGGUAUCAAUAAUUAGUUACCAAUUAUGAAGUUUUAGAGAGUGUGAACUAUGUCAAACACAUCAUUAGAAGAACAUAUGUGAGCUUAACUGCAUGCUAUGGGCUAUGUGUGUGUGAAUUUUUUGUUUUCAUAUUGGUAGCAUGUAAUUCCUUUAUUUGGUGAUCUU